ACGGUUUUAAAAUGUCAAAAAUGUUCUAAAAUACUAUCGCGUUCCAGCCUUCAAAUUAUUUGUUACAUAGAGAUCACUUUGUACUCUUUUCGUUUUUGAGUGUAUGAAAGAGAGAAAAUGCUGCCUGCGUUAAAUGACAUACCGAAAUACUUGAAUUCGUAAUUGAAACGCGGCUUCACACAGUCUUCAUCAUAAUUUGAAUUUGAACUUCAAAAUAGGCCAAAACUUACAAAGUUUCUUAAAUAAUGGAGGAUUUCGAUGUAUUUACAAACGAAAUAAACUUUACGAAGCCCUUAUUCAAGAACAUACUAAACAAAUACGUGAAUGAAGUGCCUUCGACUCCCAACGGACCGAAUUAUCAGAGUGGUAGGAAGCUGAUGGCUGAAGAAUGCUUAUCGGACAAUGAUGACGUUGGUUGUGCAUUCCAUUUGAGUGAGGCGGCGUCCGCUUCUCUGAGGACUAUGGCUGUUUAUAGAGAUGAACAGUUAAAGACUGCUGAAAAUAAACUGCACAAAAUCACAAGCUACAUAAAACCAAUAAAGGAUUUGGUUGAUUCAAAUCCAAUAUCAAAGACUGACAAAAAGUUCCUAGAUAAACUAUCAGAAGGGACGGAUGACAUAACAAAUGUUUUGGACUCAUUUGCCUUAGAAGAUGAGAUGCCAUUCUAUAAGAGGUAUCUUCACUUCUCCAAGGAAAAUAAUGUGGACAACUUUCUGAAGAUUUUGAAGGAAUUGCCUAAAGAAUGGACCGUGGUACAAUUGACUGUACCAUACAACCCCAACGAGAAUCUGAAGCCUCUUAUAGAGUAUAGAACAGAGGUGGACUCAAUAUACUUGAGUUUGCUCACUAAUGAUUACUUGGAUGACACUGCAAUGGGGCCUGUGACUGUGCAUAUACCGGCUAAUAUUACUAAAGAAGGCGAGAGACCCCUAUUCACGGAGCUAUACUCGUUACUAGACGAAAACUACAAGACUAUAGAUAAUGCACAGUUUUUGAAUAACAAACGACUGGUUCAGAACUAUUGGAGCAGAAGGGAGGACAUUGAUUUACGUAUGAAGAGUGUUAUCAAUGUAAUGGAUAAAGAAUGGCUUGGUGGUUGGGGUAGUUUGCUCACUGGCAAGCUGGUAGACAGCAGUUUGAAGGAAAAAGUGGUCAAAUUAGUGGACACCACGAUACAGGAUUGGGGUUUCAUCCGCCUAACACAAAAACAAAAAAUCCUGCUAUACAACCUCUUAGAAAGCUGCCCAGUGUUGCAAUCACAACAAAUCAAAACUUGCAUCCGAAGAAUAUUGACCGAGCAUGGCAACACUGAAGAUGUUCGCCAAGUUUUAAAUUUCGAAUGUGGCAGUUGUACUAAAGAGUUUAGAUUUUUAAACGAACUUUGUUUAAAAUGUUUGUCGAAGAGUUUUGAAAAGAUACAUCAUUUUGGUUUGGUUGAUGGUAUCAGGGCGUUUUCUCAGGCUGCGAUGCAAGUGAAAGAUAAUGAUGAAUGGGCUGGUUUGAAGAAGGCUAAACGGCAUCCUGUUAUACUUAUUGUUGAUGAGAUGCUAGACACAUUCCCAUGGGAAACAUUACCCAUAUUGAACCAGCACCCCGUCUCCCGUAUGGAAAACAUUCACUUCUUGUACUACUUGUAUAAGAUACACGAGAGUAAAAUUGUCGACGGAUACUUUGCCGCCAAGUGUGAUGUCGGCAGAUAUGUUAUAAAUCCAGAGAAGAAUUUGGACCGCAUGGAGAAUCGUAUGACGUCAUUCGUAGAGUACUGGUGUCCCGAGUGGAAGGGGCACGUUGGAGAACCACCUUCUCCGGCAGACUUCAUCGCGCAUCUUAGUGAAGCUGAUGUGUUCUUAUACUGCGGUCACGGCGACGGCUGCCAGCUAGCAGCGCGAGGCGGAGGGGCCGGCGUGGAGCAAGCGCGGGGCUCCGCCCUGUGCGUGCUGUCGGGCUGCGGCUCCGUGCGACUGGCGGCGCCAGCGCCUAGGGCUCCGCCCGCCGCUGCACAUCAUCAUUUGCAUAUUGCUGCUUGCCCUAUGGUGGUGGGUAUGCUAUGGGAGGUGACAGACUUGGAAGUGGACAAGGUAGUGAGCACACUGCUGUCGCUGUACGUGCCGUCUGAAGCGCCCUUACCCUGGCACAGCGUGGGAAAAGCCAAGUGGAGUAAUAAAAUACUAGACACAACAUCAGAACAAAAAGGCCAGAUAAUACAGGAACGGGACAUUCUCCGCGCCGUGUGCCGAGCUCGCGGCUCCACCAACUACGUCAUGAUAGCCAGCAGUGUCGUCGCUAGAGGAUUGCCUCUAAGGAUACGAGAGUAACACUAAUAUAUACAGGUAGGAAUACUCAAAAAAUUCUCGAGGCAAAUUCAAACGACAUUUUAUAGUAACUAAUUGAUGCUUGAUUAUAAACUUUGUUCCUACGAGAAAUGUGUCUUUGUAAAUAUGUAAAUACUGAGAAUUAAAGUUAUGUUCGAACAUAAUUUAGUACAAAUUAACUUUUAUUCUACAACUUUAAAAGAAAAGAAUGAUUA